CCCGCGCGGCGCCCGCGCCGCCUUCUCCCCCUCCCCCUCCGGGUGGGGUGGGGGUGGGGCGGGGAGCGGGCGCCCGGAGCGCCGCAUCUAUUGGCAGCUCUGUGAUUGAUCCGACAGCGCUCGCCCGCCGACCUGGCUUCCAGACGGACUCCGCGCGACCCCUGAGUCCCCGGCUCGCUCCGGGCCCCUAAACUGACAGGUGCUCCCUGCAAGUCGCCGGUGACUUCUCGCCGCUCCCCCGCGUCCCCACCCCCUCUUUCCUCUUUCGUCUCCCUCCCUCCCCCCCCUCCAGCCCCCACCACUUCGGCACAGCUCAGGAUUUGUUUAAACCUUGGGGAACUGGUUCAGGUCCAGGUUUUGCUUUGAUCCUUUUCAACAAACUGGAGACACAGAAGAGGGCUCUAGGAAAAAAGUUUUGGAUGGGAUUAUGUGGAAACUACCCUGCGAUUCUCCGCUGCCAGAGAAGGCUCGGCGCUUCCACUCCGGUGCAGCCUUCCCCGGGCGGUGGUGAGAGGCUCGGAGUCGCCGCUUCCCCAGUGCCCGCCGCGAGCGAGCAAUCGCCCCAAUCAGCCAAAUGCUCCUCUUCGGCCUUCUCCUGCUGACAUCUGCCCUGGCCGGCCAGAGACUCGGCGCGCAGGCAGAGUCCAACCUGAGCAGUAAGUUCCAGUUCUCCAGCGACAAGGAGCAGAACGGUGUUCAAGAUCCCCAGCAUGAGAGGGUUAUUACUGUGUCUUCAAAUGGGAGUAUUCACAGCCCAAGGUUUCCUCACACAUAUCCAAGAAAUAUGGUCCUGGUAUGGAGAUUAGUGACAGCUGAGAACAUGUGGAUACAGCUUACAUUUGAUGAACGGUUUGGAUUAGAAGACCCAGAAGAUGAUAUUUGCAAGUAUGAUUUUGUAGAAGUUGAAGAACCCAGCGAUGGAACUGUGUUAGGGCGCUGGUGUGGUUCUGGCGCUGUACCAGGGAAACAAAUUUCUAAAGGAAAUCAAAUCAGGAUAAGAUUUGUAUCUGAUGAGUAUUUUCCUUCUGAACCAGGAUUCUGCAUCCACUACAACAUUGUGGCUCCACAAGUCACAGAAGCUGUGAGUCCUACAGUGUUACCCCCUUCAGCUUUACCACUGGACCUGCUUAAUAAUGCGGUUACUGCCUUUAGUACCUUGGAAGAUCUUAUUCGCUAUCUUGAACCAGACAGAUGGCAGCUGGACUUAGAAGAUCUGUAUAGGCCAACGUGGCAGCUUCUUGGCAAGGCUUUUGUUUUCGGAAGAAAAUCCAGAGUUGUGGAUCUGAACCUCCUGAAAGAGGAGGUAAGAUUAUACAGCUGCACACCUCGGAACUUCUCAGUGUCCAUACGGGAAGAGCUAAAGAGAACCGACACCAUUUUCUGGCCAGGUUGUCUCCUGGUGAAACGUUGUGGAGGAAACUGUGCCUGCUGUCUCCACAACUGCAAUGAAUGUCAGUGUGUCCCCAGCAAAGUCACCAAGAAAUAUCACGAGGUCCUUCAGUUGAGACCAAAGACUGGAGUCAGAGGACUGCAUAAAUCACUCACUGAUGUGGCCUUGGAACACCAUGAGGAAUGUGACUGUGUAUGUAGAGGGAACACAGGAGGGUAGUUGUGCCCAAUGAGCAUCCUAAACCCAGAGCUGUCAGGGGCAGCUUCUGGCUUUGUUAGAGAAUUUAGGCAUUAUCUCCACCCUUAAUCUCAGUUGUUGGCUUCAAGGACCUUCCAUCUGCUCAAGAGGAGUGGAGUUAGGAGUUGUGAAGAAGAACUUCAGAGAAGAGGCCCAAAGGAUUACAGAACAAGUCUGCAAAUCAUGAGGAAAAUUAAAACUAAAUGUCUAUCGAUCACUAGCCACUGACAGAGUUGCUGUGUUCUUUUUUUACUAGCUACAUUCUAUAUUUUAUCCUGUUGUGGCUUAGGUUAAUGUCAGUAAAAGAAAAACCUGUACAAAUGAGCAUCUGACUUAUUUGCCCUGCUUAACACAAAAACCCAAUGUUGUGGGCCUAAAAUUAUAGGAAAUCUAGAAUUUUCCCUUUAUAUUUGCAUAAAUAAACCAGAAUACUCUAUGUUCUCUAAACUUAGUUUUGGAAGAGGAACUAUGUUGCUACAGUUUAAACUGGUGCCAUUGGAAAGACUGGAUUUUUCCAUACUUCUUAUUCAAACAUCAACCAUUUGGAAAAAAGAGACCUACAUUUAGGGUUCAAAGGAGGAGAA